AUGAGAUUUACCUUUCCUGGAGAACCGCUUCUUGCAGACUACGACCGUUACGACAGCUACGACGGCUACGACCCCGAAGUCGCGGCAGAGAGGAAACGGGCGCCACGGCUUUCGCGGCCAUGGCGUCCCAAGUCCGAGUCGUCCCCCGAAGCGUCCCUCGAGUCCCUUGAAUCCCGCCGAGAGAUCCGAAAGCCUCGGUUUCAAGACCAAGACCAUCAAGACCAUCAAGACCAUCAAGACUAUCAAGAGACCAAACAUAGGAAACCUCAGGUUCCUCAAAGGUGUUUGAGAUGGAAACCGGCGCCAGUAAGUCUGCUAGUUUUGGUAUUCGUGGCCUUGAUUUGGAUGAUUCCAUAUUCGAGGGAUCUCCUAGAGUACUUUGAGAAAGCUGACCGCGUGGUCUUAGUAGAUGGGCAGAGAUAUGCAGCUGUUCAGUAUUUUGGCUUCAACUUAUUUACAGCUCCAGGAACUGAAGUGGAUGGCUGCUUCGACAUCGGUGAUGAUCUAGAUCAAUGUUACUUGGGCAGUACUAAGGUAAAAGAGGAUGUUGAGAAACGGCUGAACAUCAUGUUCGAAGCAGUUGAGCGCUUGUAUGCUUCGGACCAUUGGGAUCGUUCCCCAGCGACCCUGAAAAUCUUCAUGUUACCCGAGUUCUAUUGGCGUGGCAAGCAGGGAGCGUACCGAAUCCACCGUGGAGUCGAAAAGGUCUUGCAUCCAACUGCCCACUGGAUUUCUCACCGCUUUACACAUGAGCGCUUCAAGCAUUGGUUGAUUGUGGAUGGAACAGUUGUGAUGGCCCAAAUCGCUGAUCAGCGAUAUGUCGAAAUGUCAGAACGGCCUUACGAGAAUAUCAGCUACUACAAUUUUGCACCUGUCCAUGUUGGCGGCACCAACCUCACAUAUCUCAGGUUUAAACACUUCAUCAGUGGCAUCGACUUCCUGCAGAUGCGGCCAGAGCACAGUCGCAUGGUUCCUGCUCCACCUGGCCGCUCCCACAGCUUCUGCAAGGAGCAUCCCCGCUCCAACGGCUGUGUCUAUCAGCACUUACCCAGCCAUUUGCUCGAAGAGUUAGGCUUUGGCCACGACGUGGAAUUGCCAAGUGGCUUGCUGAAAAUUGGUGGACUUCGCAUUGGCUUGGAGAUUUGCUUGGACCAUGCCAUGGGUGAACUUUGUGAAAAAGAAUUGAAGCCCUGGGAGCGGGUAGAUGUACAACUCAUUGUGUCUGCGGGGAUGAAUAUUGCCUCAGGGCCAGUCUGCACCCGUCCUGGUGGCCCAGUAUUCCUCGCGGAUGGCUUCGCCAGAACAGAGGUAAGUCUCAAUGCGUUUGGGCGUGGACGUCAGAGUGCGCCAAUGCCCAUGAAGGGCCGACGCUUCGAUGUCGGCAUUGACUAUGGUGCGGAUGUCAUGGUCUCUAUGCAGCAGUGGUUGGGUGAUAGCAUCUACAAACUCACGGGCACAGGCUUUGGCACCCGCUUCCCGGGUGUCGGCACGAUGCCAGGAGAAGCCAUGCCUUUCAAACAGAUGUCUGCACUGGGAGACGACUGGCUGCAGCAGCUGCAAGGCUUCUACCACACAGGCAGCUACGUGGAAGCCGCUUCUGCCCAGAAGGCUUUGGACUCUGCGCUGGCCGCAGCUGGUGCAGGUGGUGUCGCAAAACCGAAGGUUUUUCCAACCAUUGACAUCUAUGGGCCUUUGUUGGUGGGUAGGAGAAUGCUGCCGGCAAUCCUCAAGGGAUGUGGCUCCAUUUUGAUUUUGGCCAGUGCAGUUUCUGCGGCAUUCCCUGGUGUUUUGGGGCAUGUUUCCAUGUCAAGCUUCACCUCCCGUUGCUUCCAUUGCGACCUGCACUCGGCGCUGCGUGGAAGCUUUUCAAGGUUCUUUCGAGAGAGAGGCUGGCGAGCAGUGCAUUUGUCUUCCCACCACUUUUUAUCCUUGGACGCGCAGCAUUUGUUGAAGAGGUGUUGCAUUUGCCGAAGCGCCCUUGUGGAAGAGGUGUACGAGACCGGUUUCAUUUCCAAGCAAUCUCCUUCAGACACCCAACAGGAUCGACAGGCAGACCUUUUGCUGCCUUUGCACCACCGUUUGAGGCUUCCGCUGCUACUUCAGCGCUUGCAGCCAGAGCAGCGACGUGCUGUCAUUGCACGCUUGACGCAGUUUAUGUCUUUUGAGGGGCAGCAAAUGCAGCUGGAGCGCUGGGUGCUGGCGCAGUCAGUUGCCCAGUACAUCGACAUGGUUUGGAUUCGAUGCUGGACCUUCCCUGCACCAAGGAAAUCCUUCACUGUGAUGAAGGAGUACGGCAAGGCUCGGCUUGAGCCAAAGAACUGGAGGUACCGAGCUCGGAAAGGCCGCUCGACGUAUGAGGCAACGUGUGCAGCGGGGCCUUUCGUGUUGAGCACCCGCUGGACGGCGAAUCUGGACCUCGCUGUGAAGUACAAACAGAUGCUGCAAUCUGUGCGAGAACGGAUGGAGGGGUCCUCGGCUGAGAUUCAGGUCUACAUGGGCCCGGUGCGCAGCAAUUUUGCAGUUGCAAAUUGGCUCUGGGCCAGCGAAGACGCACUCACAACUGGUGAAGCGGGAAGGGACGCCUUCCUUUGUUUGAAAGAAGCGCAAAGAACAGAGAAGGCAACACGGAAUGGCGUAGGAAACACCGUGAGCUUCAAAGAAGCCAUCAUGACAGAGCUUCAUGAACAUGGCUUCACUGCGAAGGAGCUGAACUUGACCUUCUUGACCCGAGUGGGUGCGAGAUACUGGGUCCUUCGCCCAGGAUUGCCCAAGAUUGAGAUGACAAGUGUAGGGAUGUUUGACAGUGGAGCUUUCCCGCAGAUUGUGAGCACAUUCCGAGUGCCAACUGCAAAGCUGAACAGCCAUUACGUCGGGCGCUCCUUGGAGACGCCGCGCUUCCUGGCGGAGGGGCCCAGCUUGGAGCGCGGCCUCAUGGCCUGGCAGCGCCUGCGGAAGGCCCGCCUCACCGUCUUCGAGGGUGCCUGCAAUGAGCUGUCCCUGCUGAGUCGGCAUAGCCCAGGAGAGCUGGCCGAUGCUUGGGGACAACUACGUUCAGUUUACCUGGAUGUCAUGGAAGAAUCAGGCCACCAGAGGCAACGGGUUCUGCGUCGCCUCGAGCGCUUGGAGAAGAAGCAGGAGCCCAGGCGUUUGAAGGCAGAGCAGCGCUGGAGUGCCUUGGCUGCCUUGGCUCAACUUUGA